AUGAAGCUAAAAGAAUUAAAGAAGACGGUCAACGUGAGCUGGUCGCCAGCGGAGCAAUAUCCGUCGAUGCUGGCUGCCGGCUCCGCGGCUCAGCAAGUGGAUGCAAAUUUCAGCUCCAAUUCCUCAUUAGAACUUUAUUCUUUAAAUUUAGAAGACCUAGGAUUAGAUUUAGAGCUUAAGGCCAGCUUGCAAACACAGCACAAGUUUCAGAAGAUAGUUUGGUCAGGAGCGGGAACAAUAGUUGGUGGCUGCGAUGGAGGUUUGCUUCAAUUCUAUAGUACUGAGAAAGUUCUCAAUAGUUCACCUGAUGCACUUGUUGGAAGCAGCGAUAAACAUAAUGGAAAUGUAUCUGCAUUGGAUGUUAAUCCGUAUCAAAAAAAUUUAUUAGCAUCUGGAGCAUCAGAUAGUGAAAUAUUUAUUUGGGAUCUAAACAACACAAGCCAGCCAAUGGCACCGGGAAAUCGAAGUCAGCCUUAUGAACAUGUACAGGGGCUAGCGUGGAACCAGCAGGUGCAACACAUUUUGGGCUCCACAUUUGCCACAAGGUGCUUAGUAUGGGACUUGAGGAAGAAUGAACCUAUUAUGAAAUUGAGCGACGCCCAGUCCCGCACCCGUUGGCGCAGCGUGUGCUGGCAUCCGGCCGUGGCCACCCAGCUCUGCAUCGCCUCAGAGGACGACUUGCUGCCGGUCAUACAGCUUUGGGAUCUGAGGUUAGCAGCAUCUCCGUUGGUAACCCUGGAAGGACAUAGCAAGGGAAUUCUGGGUCUAUCGUGGAGUCCCCACGAUCCUGACCUACUUCUGAGUGCCGGAAAGGAUGGCCGACUGCUUUGUUGGAACCCAAAUAACACCAAACCGGGUGGAGAACUGGUGGUGGAAGUGUGUCAGCAAGGCCAGUGGGUGAACGACGUGUCGUGGAGCGGCCGCACUGCGGGCGUGUUCGCGGCGGCGGCGGCGGAGCACGUGGCCGUACACUCGCUGCUGGGGGGCACGAGGCCUGAUCGGCAAAGCCUCCACACGGCCAGCAACAUAAUGGAGUCGUUCGGGGGCGCGGACUCGUUCGCAGCUCUGCCGGCGGUUACCAGGGCUGAGCCCGCCUCGGCGCCCAACCCUCUGCCGAAGAACCCACCGGCUUGGCUCAAGAGGCCCAGCGCCGCCAAGUUUGCCUUUGGCGGAAAACUGGUGACGUUUGACAAGUGUCCACAAACCGAAGAAGUUAGGAGAUUGGUGCAAAUCACGCAGGUUGUGAGUGAGCCAGAGUUGGUGGAGAAAUCGGUGUCGCUGGAACAAGUUUUAGCUCUCACAUUGAGCCGUGACCCACAGGCGGCCGACAGACUUGCAGAGUACUGCCGUGAGCAGGGAGACGCGUCUUCCGACCAACACGAGCGGUACACGUGGUUCUUCCUUCGAGCCAACUUCCUUCCUUCUUUCCGCACUGAAGUGCUUAACUUGCUCGGUUACAAGCAAGACGAGAUCCCAUCGAAGUUCAAAAGUCAAAACGCUGGAGACAUCCAAAACGACACAGCCUUUUUGAGCCGAGGCGAGUCCACGGAGACGGAGGCUGAACUUUCGACCGACACCAGCACCGAUCUCUCGGAGGCUCAAACCCUAAUCGAAAGGAAAUUAGCCAAUCUCGACCUAGAAACCACUGCCACAGAUGUCGUCAUCCCGAACGGAGAAGAAUCAACGAGUUUGAUUUGCCGAGCUCUCGUCUGCGGAAACUUGGAAGAGGCCGUGGAACUCUGUCUCGACACGAACAGAGUGGCCGAUGCGCUUAUUAUCGCUUCUCUGGGCAGCCAAGAGCUGGUCUACAAAGUCCAGCGAUACCAUUUGAACGCCAACGCGUCAGACCCGGUGUCUCUACUUAGCGGAAGUCUUCUGCGAAGCAAGUGGGAGGGGCUCGUGAGGAGUUCGGCUCCCGAGAGCUGGAAGGACGUCUUGGCCACCCUCGUCACUCACGCGGACACCGAUGUCCUGCCGCACUACUGCGAAUUAUUAGGCGACAAGUUAUCCGAGGAAUCGGACGAAACCUACAAAAAAGCGGCCCAGCUAUGCUACGUGGUGAGCGCGGCCGGAGACGCGUUAGCCGCGCGGUUAUCGCGCGAGAAACGCGACGUCAACGAUAUAGCAGAGCUGACGAGACGAGCCCAACUCGCCCUGUUACUAAAAACGGCUGCAGUGACGCGCGGAAGACCAGUGCAGGACGGAGGCAGCUUGACAAGUAUUCUGACAGAGUACGCGGGGCGAUUGGCCUCUCAGGGCUGCCUCCAAAGCGCUCUCACCGCUCUCCAGGGGUCUCCUUCGGAAAUGUACGACCGACUCGCCACCGCCCUAGGGUUGGCACAGAACAGAUUUGCGCAGCAACACCCGCAACACCCUCAACCCCAGCAGCAGCAGUUCGCGAGCAGGACUCGCACGGCGAGCGAACACUCGCAGAAACGAGCUCAACCGAACACCUUCUUGCCCAACAAUGCAGCGCUUCCACCGAAGCCAGAAGAGCAGUGGCAAAGAGCACCCAACCCGUGGAACGCGCCAGUGCCAGCUGCGCCUGCGCAAGUGGCGCCUCCUUCGCAGCACUCGCGACCUGGAAGCGUGGGACCUCAGACCGGUAUAACAUCCCGCUCCAAAUACAAAGUGGACCCGUCGGUGCAAUCCGCCCCCCUUUACAGCCAAUAUGGCUUCAACAACGCGGUCACGAAUCAACCACAAUUCGGUUACAAUAGUCCAAUUCCCGACCAAUACAAUCCCGCCGGUGUCCCUUCCCACAACUUCACCCCCAUCAACCAACCCAAUCCUAUGAACCCACCCUUGAACCCAAAUCUGCCAUUAAACCCGUCCCAUCAAUUAAAUCCAAUUCCCCACAACCCGACGAUGCCGCACCCAGCGAAUUUACCAGCCAACCCCUCGAACCAAGUGAAUCAACCGGGUCAAACCAACGGCAGCUAUUACGGCUCGCAGGGAGUCGAACCCGCCGCUCCCGCCGUCCCCUCCAAACCGGUCGCCCCCGGAUGGAACGACCCGCCCGUCAUGACCUCUAAGCCUAAGCCAAAGCCAGAACUCCAACAACAGGCUCCAAUCACUCAUCCUUUAUUCGGAGCUGAGCAACCUCAGCACGUCCCGCUGAAUCCGACACAGUACCCGGGUCAACAACCGUUCCCAGGUCAACAACAAUUACCGGGUCAACAACAGUUUUCGGGUCAACAACAAUUCCCGGGUCAACAACAGUUCCCCGGUCAACAACAAAUUCCAAGUCAACAACAAUAUCCGGGACAACAGUUACCCGGGCAACAACAGUUUAAUCAACAGCCUUUCCCGGGACAGCAGGGCCAGUUUCCUGGUCAACAAUUCCCUCAGCAGUAUUCAGAUCAGUAUCAAGGGCAGUAUCAGCAGCAGGGAUAUCAACGGACGGAAAGUCCAGCUCCGGUGCAGCCGGCUCCCGUGCCGAAAGGCCCUAUUCCGGAGCAGCAUCAGAUUUUGCAGACUAUUUUUGAGCAGUUGAGACACGACUGCGUCAACAAUGCCACUAGCUCGGUGGCGAAGAGAAAACUCCAAGAAGUUCAGAAGAAAUUAGAGAAUUUGUACGACUUACUACGAUCAAAUAGGCUCUCGGACAGUUCGUUGGGGACCCUCCACUCGUGCGUGCAGUGCGUCCAAAGCGGAGACCUGAACGGCGCUCAACGCGCGAUCAUGUCUCUGGCCGGAGACGUGGACUUCGCUCUGGUGGCCAGCUUCAUUCCGGCCAUCAAGACGCUCCUCACCUUGGCCGACCAGCAAUCGCGGUAG